AUGAAGUAUACAAAAAUCCUUCACAUUUGUAAGGAUAUUAAGAAGCUUGAUCGAAUGGCAGCUCCUGAGGCCUCUUCUUCAUCCUCUUCCAGUUCACGUUAUGAAGUGUUCUUGAGCUUUCAUGGGAAAGAUGUUCGCACCAAUUUCGCGGACCACCUUUACAAUGCCUUGGUUUAUGCUGGAAUUCUAACUUUCAGGGACUCAGAAGAACUCCACAAGGGAAACAAGAUUGGCCCAGAGCUACUAGUUGCAAUCCAGCAGUCAAGAAUCUCCAUUCCCAUCUUUUCGGAGAACUACGCUUCAAGUAAAUGGUGUCUCAAUGAGCUAUCCAAGAUAUUUGAAUGCAAAAGAACAAUGGAUCAAAUCGUCUUGCCCAUUUUCUACAAAGUUGAACCAAGGGAUGUGAGAAACCAGACCGGGAGUUAUGCGACGGCCUUUGAGGAACACCAGAUGCACUUCAAUGAGACAACUGUGCAGAUGUGGAAGGAUGCUUUAAGAGAGGUUGGAGAAUUGGGUGGAUGGGAUUCAAGGAAGGAACUGUAA